AUGCCGUUCCACCUCCUCAUCCUCCUCCUGGCACUGUCAUGCGCCACGCAGGGCGCCAACGCCGCGGCGUGCGACCCGACCACCGGCUUCAUCACCGUGCCACUCACCGAUGCUCAGCUCCCGGUGCAGAGGCCGUACGACGUGCCGCUGGAACAGCGGUACGAGCUCGUGAAUGGCAUGCGGCGGAUGUGGGUGUACUGCACUGACAAGCCUCAUAGCCCAGCCAGCCACGCCAAGCCACGAACAGAAAUCCGCAUGCAAAACUACAGCUCAGGCGUGUGGCAGUUCGAGGGGUACGCCUACGUGCCCUCGGGCACGACAGGGGUGUCCAUCAUGCAGGUGUUCGGCGCGGCGAAGCACGCGACGACGCUGAUGCUGCACGUCUACAGCGGCGCGCUGGUGUACUAUGACGACUGGACGCGGGUGGUCGACGGAGGCAUCUACGACCGGUGGUUCAGGCUCAACGUGAUCCACGACGUCGGCGGCGCAGGGACGCUCACCGUGUUCAUCGAUGGCCAGGAGCGGCUGCGCGUAGCGGGACGCGGCGGCGACAUACACUACUUCAAGUUCGGUGUGUACACUCAGACGGCCCCCUCGCACCUGAUGGAGUCGCGCUGGAGAGACGUCAGGCUCUUCACCAAGGAAGCCUAUUGAAAGCAAGCAAGUGGCAUAAUGUUUAACGAGCCGAUUAGCUAACCCGAUUCCUGUU